GUUUUUGUUUAAUUUUGCUAAUAUUGUCACACAAAAAUUAAAAUCUUAUUUCGUAUUAAAGCGAUGUCAUUAGAAGUUACCUAAUAUUCGUUUGUGAACGUUUAUUUUUCAUUUAACGAAGAAAAUGUUUGGUAACGUCGCGUUUUGAUAACCUUUUCUAAAUUUUUGACUCUAAAAUUUCGUUAUCUAUAAAAUUAAUUACUUGCGUUAUAUAGCGUAUAAUAACGAUGUUUUACUUAAUUCUGUGUGUAAAGUGAGUGCGUGAUACUGGAAUUGAAAAUUAUCCAACUAUGGUGGUUGAAAAUUCUAUUAUAAGAUUUUAUAAAACACCGGGGUUUACGCCCGCAAAACGAAACGAACUGUUACUAAAACUUCAAGAGAUAUGCAACUUGGUGGAAGAUAUAAAAACUGAGCUUUGUUAUCACGUAGAAAUUACGAGAAAAUUGACACUGGAAGAACUGAAAACUCUUCAAUGGGUGUUACGAGAUCCUUUACAUCCUGAAUGGUUAUCAGAGAAAUCUAGCAUUAAAGUCGUUGGAAAUCAAGUUCUGAUUGAAGUUGGACCAAGAUUUAAUUUUUCCACAGCUAAGUCCACUAAUGCUGUUUCAAUUUGUAAAAAUUUAGGUUUAACUCAAGUUUAUCGUCUUGAGGUUUCUCGCAGAUAUCUCCUGAUUAUAAAAUCUGGUAAUAAGAUAUCUCAGGAUAUUGAAAGAAAACUGGCUAGUAUAUUGUACGACCGUAUGACAGAAUGUCGUUAUACCUCUGAAAACAUUCCAAAAAAUAGUUUUAAUGAAAAAUUAACAAAAAAGGAAAAUAUAAGAGAGAUUGAUGUGCUCAAAAAAGGCGCUGAGGCUUUAAAAGAAAUCGAUCAAGAAUUAGGAUUGGCCUUUGAUGAGGCCGAUUUAGUCUACUAUACAAAUUUAUUUAAAAAUAUUUUGAAAAGAAACCCCACAAAUAUUGAAUGUUUUGAUUUAGCUCAGUCUAAUAGCGAGCACAGCAGGCAUUGGUUUUUUAAAGGUAAACUGAUUGUAGAUGGUGAAGAACAUGAAGAGUCUCUAAUUGAUCUGAUAAUUAAUACACAGAAAAAUUCAAAUCCAAAUAAUGUAAUCAAAUUUAGUGAUAACAGUAGCGCAAUAAGAGGAUACAUCCAUCGGAGUCUGAGACCUGCCUCAGCAGGAUCGGUAAGCGAACUGAGACAGGUACCGUCCGAAUCCCACUUGAUCUUCACUGCAGAAACUCACAAUUUUCCCACUGGUGUGGCACCAUUCAGUGGGGCUACCACCGGCACUGGUGGUCGAAUAAGAGAUGUACAGAGCGUGGGAAGAGGAGGGUACUGCAUCGCUGGUACUGCCGGAUACUCUGUUGGAAACCUUCUGAUUCCCGAAUAUCCACUCCCCUGGGAAGACGAAAACUUCCAGUACCCGUCUAAUUUCGCUCCACCACUAGAAAUUCUUGUUGAGGCUAGUAAUGGUGCCUCUGAUUAUGGCAAUAAGUUCGGGGAACCCCUUAUUUCUGGAUUCGUAAGAUCCUUUGGUUUAGAAGAUAGUAAUGGAAGAAGGGAGUGGAUCAAGCCCAUUAUGUUUAGCGGAGGUAUCGGUAGUAUGGAGGCCGAUAUGACCGAGAAACUAUCACCGGAAGUCGAUCAUCAAAUUGUCAAAAUAGGAGGACCUGUGUAUAGAAUUGGAGUGGGAGGUGGGGCAGCCAGUUCAGUUGAAGUUCAAGGCGACAACAAGGAAGAGUUAGACUUUAACGCUGUUCAAAGAGGUGAUCCCGAAAUGGAAAACAAACUGAAUCGCGUCGUCAGGGCGUGCCUGGAGCUCGGCAAAAAGAACCCCAUCAUCAGUAUUCACGACCAAGGUGCCGGCGGGAACGGGAACGUCUUAAAGGAACUGGUUGAACCAUCCGGUGGUAUAAUUUAUGCCAACAGAUUCGAACUAGGAGAUCCGACUAUCAAUACUCUGGAACUAUGGGGCGCAGAGUAUCAAGAAAACAACGCUAUGCUUUGUAAAAAGGAUGAUUUGCUACUUCUGAAGGUGAUUUGUGAAAGAGAACGGUGUCCAAUCAACGUGGUCGGUGAAGUAACUGGAACGGGUUCGGUGGUACUGGCCUUAGACGAAACCAAAUCAGCCACACCAUUCAAUCUGAAGCUAGAUCACGUUUUGGGCAAAAUGCCUAGGAAAGUAUAUCAUUUGGAACGUAAAAAACCUACUUUAACACCUCUGGUAUUACCUGGAACCAUUUCAAUUUUCAAAUGUUUAGAAAAAGUACUCAGACUGCCAUCCGUUUCUAGCAAGAGAUACUUGACUAACAAAGUGGAUAGAUGCGUAACGGGAUUAAUAGCGCAACAGCAAUGUGUAGGUCCUCUUCACACUCCACUUGCCGACGUGGCCGUCACUGCCGUUUCUCAUUUUGGUUAUGAAGGUAUCGCCUCGUCCAUAGGAGAGCAACCAGUCAAGGGUUUAGUAAAUGUUGAAGCUGGAGCAAGAAUGUCUGUGGUAGAAGCUUUAAGCAACUUGGUAUUUGCGGGUAUUACCGAACUUAGAGACGUCAAAUGCAGCGGUAACUGGAUGUGGGCAGCUAAACUACCAGGAGAGGGUGCUGCGAUGUUCGAUGCAUGCAAGUCGAUGUGCGAUUUAAUGUCUCAACUAGGUAUCGCAAUUGAUGGCGGUAAAGACUCCUUAAGUAUGGCAGCUAGAGUAGGCAAAGAAACCGUAAAGGCUCCAGGAACUUUGGUGGUUUCGACAUACGCUCCAUGCCCAGAUAUUCGAAAAGUCGUUACUCCAGAUUUUAAAGCACCAUCGUUAGGUAAGCAGGGAGUGUUGCUCUUUGUAGAUCUGUCUCACGAUGCCAAUAGGUUAGGAGGAUCUGCGUUAGCUCAAGUUUUCAAACAACUAGGAAACGAUUGUCCUGACUUACAUUGCGCCAAAGAUCUUAAAAAUGCGUUUGCAGCCACACAGGAACUUAUUAAAGAUGGCGCAGUCUUGGCCGGACACGAUGUCAGCGAUGGUGGAUUGAUUGUGUGCCUAUUGGAAAUGUGUUUUGCUGGCCUUUCCGGAAUGGACGUGAACAUCAAACACAGACAAGGCAAAGCCAUUCCUAUUCUGUUCUCUGAAGAAGUCGGAUGGGUGCUGGAAGUUCUCGAUAAAGAUGUCGCCCAUUGUUUAUCAGUCUUCCAGGGUUACAAUGUUCCAGUAUUCGACAUCGGUCACAGCGUAGGUUACGGAAUAAAAUCUCAGAUAGUGGUCACUGUAAAUAACGCCUCGCUCGAAAGUACAGUAUUUCCUUUAAUGAGAAAGUGGGAGGAGACCAGUUACAAACUGGAACUCAGACAAACAAUCAAAGAAUGCGCGGAUUCCGAGUUUUCAUCUUUGAUUAGCAGGACUGGACCGAAAUACAUUUUGACCUUUGAUCCAGAUGACGACAAUAUCUUGAAAGAAGAGAAAAUACCUGUUGCGGUUAUAAGAGAAGAAGGUAUAAAUAGUGAUAGGGAAAUGGCUGCGGCUUUGGUUAGAGUUGGUUUCAAAGUAUGGGACGUCACUAUGCAGGAUCUUUUAACUGGAAAGGUUACUUUGGAUCGUUUCAGAGGCGUCAUAUUCCCUGGUGGCUUUAGUUAUGCCGAUGUGCUGGGAUCGGGUAAGGGUUGGGCAGCUAGCAUCCUCUUCCACGACACAGUCAAACAGCAAUUCGCGAGGUUUUUUAACCGACCCGAUACCUUCAGCUUGGGCGUCUGUAACGGAUGUCAAUUGAUGGCCCUAAUUGGCUGGGUCGGUACACCACUCUCUGAUACUUAUUCUAAACCCGAUAUUACCCUAGAACACAAUAAGUCAGAGAGGUUCGAAUGUAGAUGGAGCACAGUAAGAAUAGAAAAAUCGAAAGCUAUUAUGUUUAAAGAUAUGGAGGGUUCUGUAUUAGGAGUCUGGGUAGCUCAUGGCGAAGGUCGUUUUGGAUUUAAAGAUAAUACAAUCUACAGGAAGUUGGUGAAGGAUGGUUGUACGCCUCUAAGAUACGUGGACGAUAACAGUAAACCAACCGAAGUGUAUCCUCUGAAUCCAAAUGGAAGCGUGGAAGGACUUGCUGGCGUAUGCUCAUCUAACGGAAGACAUCUGGCAGUCAUGCCUCAUCCAGAAAGAUGCGCCCAGCCCUUCCAAUGGCCCUACAUGCCCAGGGAAUGGAUCCACCACCAGAAAAGUCCUUGGGAACGAAUGUUUAAGAACGCAUUUGACUGGUGCACGUCGAACAAGUUCGAUACCGUCUAUUAUUAAAUACGUAUUUUACUGAGCAGGAAUCAAUCAAAAUAGAACUCGUAAUGAAGUGCCUUACAAAUCAUUCCUUUGUUAUUUUUUAUUCAAACUAAGGUGGAUAUUUAUGCGUCCGAUAUCUGACGAUGGGAUAUUAAUUUUAUUGCUUGAAUUUAAAGAGUUUGGUUAGAAUAUUCUUUAGUUUGUAAAUUUAUUACAUUCCCACAUGCCUGAUUGGUCAAAAUUAUUUAACUAUGACAAUUCUUAAUACAAUUCCAAUUUGUCAUUUAUUGUUUUCAUUCCCAUAAAGGUACAUUCAGGCUGAGAACGUCGAGCGUCGCGUCGCGUUUGCGUCGCGUCCGCGUGUCGGUAAAUGGAAUCAAUUCACUUAACUUAAAUUAGACCGUUCAGGCAGACAGCGUCGCGUUUGGCGUUGCGCUAGCGUCCGCUGAGCGUCGGGGUUCGAGUUCAAUGGGGCGGACCUGAAUGUACCUUAACGGUUUUCGUGAGUUUUACUUAUGUCAUUAUUAUUUGUUUUUACUUCUCUUUAAGCUUCAUUCAAAACCUCGCAAUUAAUGGAAUAAAUUAGUGAUUUCAACUACACUUUAUAGUUUACUAUCAUUCACAAUGUUUAAAAAACACAAUUAAAAUUAAUAGAAUAUCCUAGCAACAGCUUACGGUGGUCAGUUAUAUCCAUAGAUAAAACCUAAUAUUUAGCUUAUAAAACAAUAAACUUUUGAUUUAUAACCACAAUUUCACUUGACGGAUGAUAAUCAAAGGCUAAAAUGACAUUCCUCGCCAAUUUUUAAGUAUAAUUAGUGAAAAUGUUAAAAGUUUUUUAACUUUUGCUACUAAUUGAAAAUUACUACUACUAAUUUGGUCGUGGUGAAUGCUUAAAUCGAGAUUAUAUGAACAAACUUCUCCGCUAACUGAAACCACUAAUUUAUUCCACUAAUUUCGAGGUUCUGAAUGAAGCUUUAAAGUGACAUUAACUCGAAAGAGAGUAACCACUUCCUGAUAGCAAUAAUAUCCCAAUUUGUCAACAAAAAGUAAGGUUAGAUUAGACCUUUACUUGACAACUGUAGUUGUCAAAACAUCUGUUAUCAUACGAAAAGUUAAAAUUAUUUUAACUUUCUCCUUUGACGAACAGGGGUUAAAAAAAUUCAAAAGAAUGGCGCGAAAACACUAUGACCAAUCAGAGCAACCUCGGAUGAUCGUAGCAACGGAUGACGGAUGUAUCAAAAUCCGCCUUUAAAUGUUAUAAUUUCAGAUAAUUUAUAUUAUACACUUAAGUACUAUUUUUGUAUAUUGUUAAAAUAUACUUUUUACAAUU